UUCAGAACACAUUCAGAUCGCAUCUUUCCUUUCGCAGGUUGGUAGCAGAAGCCAGAACAUACCUAACGCACAAUGGCGAAGUUCGGCGUUAUUUUGGCAUGUUUGAUUCUGAGGACUGUAUUCAGCCAAACCAAAGGCGGCAUCCGCGGCUUAAUGUCACUAUCUGAGUAUAUGGACCGCUACAUCGAGGUAAAAGUAAUACAGGGACUAGCUGGUGUCAAGAAGGACAUGUCAGCUAACGAUGAGGCAUUUGAACGGGUUAUCCGUGAAGUAAACACUCUGACAGCCAAUGUCCAGUGUCUGAAGAGACAAGAGGAAAGUUUAAGGAAACAUGUUAAACUUGUUGACAAGGAACAGUUCUUGUGUAAGCAAGCGAUAGAAAAACAGCAAAAGGAGUUUGAUGCCAAAUUGGAUCUCUGGUACGCCGAAAUUAACAUCACAAAACAGCUUUUGGAUUUACAUGAGGAAAGCGAUGCUAAAGAAAGCAGAAUAAGUAUUCAAGAAACAUGCCCCGAUCAAUGGACUGAAUAUCAAGAUUCCUGCUACUUCCUGUUUAAGUUUGACCUAGAAUGGACACAAGGAAGCUACAUGUGCGGGCUACAAGGUGGAUAUCUGGCAUCGAUUGAAUCUGAAGUCGAAAAUGAUUUCAUUAAAAGCUAUCUCCAAACUAACGCUCACGGCAACAGCGUGUGGAUUGGCGCCACUGACAUGAUGACGAGGGGGUCUACCGCUGGGUGGAGGAUGAUGACGUUGUGAGCUUCACCACGGGGGGCCAGGAGAACCGGGUGGCAGCGAACACUGUGUGGAGGCGAUGGCCGGGUAU